AUGAGGGGCCGGACCAGCUUCCAGCAGCUGCUCCAGCGCUCCACCCGCCUCGCCGGGCGCCUGGCGCCCCUGGCGCCGGCGGCGCAGCCGGAGGGUACUGUGGGUCUGUGCGGGGUGGGCGGCGACUCGGCGCUGGCGGCUCUGCUGGCGUGCCUUCAGCUGGCGGUGCCCUACACGCCGCUGGGCGCAGAGGCGCCCUCCGGGCGCCUGGCGGCGCCAGAGGCGCGCCUGGCGGCGCUCAUAGACCUGGCGCAGGUCUGGGCUGUGCUUUGCAGUGCGGACCUGGUCGCGCAAGUGCAGUCGGCUUGGAGGCCGGAGGCAGUCCUCAACGUCGACGCCGACUUCCCUGAGGCGCCGAGCCUCGGGUGCGGGGCGCCGCCCGAGAGCUCGGGGGUGCUCUAUGUGCUGUUCACCUCGGGCUCCACUGGACAACCCAAGGGCGUGGAAGGCACGGAGGCGGCCACUUUGAACCGCCUGCGCUGGCAGUGGCGGCGCUUCCCCUGGGCCGUUGGAGAGGUGGCCGUUGCUCGGACGCCUCUUACGUUUGUGGACCACGUGGCCGAGAUCUUCGGGGCGCUUCUAGCGGAAGGAGGCCCUUCCUUGGCGCUGGCGGAUGCGGGGCUCCAGGGCCUGCGCUGCCUCCAAGACUUCGAGUCCACACGGCUGGUGCUGACGCCCACGCUGCUCAGCGCCGCGUUGGCAGAGGAUGUCUGGCAGUCCGUGCAGCUGCUCACAUGCUCCGGGGAGGUGCUGAGCAGGAGUCUUCUCGAGAAAGCACGCCGCAAAUUGCCAGAGACUUGCAGGAUCCUGAACAUCUACGGCGCCACGGAGGUGGCGGGUGACGCCACCUGCGCGGAGCUGCCGCGGGACGACGAGGCGGGGCUGCCGGUGGUGUGCUGCGGGCGGGCCAUCGACAACACGGAGGUGGAGGUGAGGGCGGAGGAGAGCGAGGAGGGGGAGGUCUACAUCUCCGGCGCCUGCCUCUGCCGCGGCUACUUCCGCGACCUGGAGGCCACCUCCGCCGCCUUCGGCGGCGGAAGCGGCGCGAAGCGCGCCUUCCGGAGCUUCGACCUGGGCCGGUGGCAGGCGACGAAGGGCGGAAAGAGCCUGGUGAUCCUGGGCCGGUGCAACCAGCUGGUGAAGGUGCGGGGCCAGCGGGUGGCCCUGUCCUUCGUCGAGGAGUCGCUGUGCUCGGAGCAGCUGGCGGCGGCCUUGGGGCGCCAAAGCGCAGGCCCCGUCUUCUCGGAGGCCGUGUGCGUCGUUACCCGCGAGGGCGCGCUGGUGGCGGCAGUCAUUUUGGCGCCGGCCUGGCGGGAGGUUGCCCUGGCAGAUGUGAGGCGCUGCCUGGGGCAGCAGCUGCCGGGCGCGGCGGUGCCGGCGCUGCGCGCCGUGGCGGCGCUGCCGCGGCUGGGCGCGGGGAAGGUGGACCGCCGGGCGGCGCGAGACUUGGCCGAGGAGCCUGGGGCGACCCUGUCGGACCUGCCGUUGGCAGCUGGCCCGGAGGAUCUGCGCGAGCUCUGGCAGGCCUGCCUGCCGCUGAAGGUGGAGGACUGGAACUGCUCCUUCGCGGAUGCUGGGGGCGACUCGGCGGGCGUGAUGAAGCUCGCGUCGCUGCUGCGGCAGAAGAUGGGCGUGGACUACGACGCCGUGAUGGCGGCCGCUGCAGAGUCCUUUGCCGCGCUGGCGCGUCUGUGCGAGGCUGCCGCCAAGGCACCCCACGAACUUCAGGCAGCUGAAGCUCCGGCCCGGAAGGCUGCACGCCGGGGCCCCAGCCCACGCCCGGGCCCAGACGUGCGCGCGGCGCCCGCCUGGCUUGCCCGGGGCGGCACCUGCCGGGCUGCGGGGCCAGUGAGCGAGGUCAGCCUCAGCUGGCGUGCAGACCUGCACCAGUGCGUGGACGCCUCUCCUUUGCUGGUCCCUGGCGAGCGCUGGCGCCUGCUGAUCGGAUCCCACUCACACGAGCUGGCCUGCUUUGAUGCGGACACCGGGACGGAGCUGUGGCGUGUGACCCUCACGGACCGCCUGGAGGGCGCCUGCGCAUGGGGUUUGGGGCCGGAGGAGGAGGCGUGCGCCUUUGCGGCCGGCUACGACGGGAAGAUGCACUGCGUCUCGGUGGCGAGUGGGGCGCUUCGCUGGUCGCAGCUGGUGGCGCCAGAGGACCAGGACCGGGACACGGAGGUGAAGAGUGCGCCGGUGGUGGCAGGGCGAGUGGUGCUCACAGGCACGCACGGGGGCAGCGUGGCGGGCCUGUGCUGCCGCAGCGGGCGGCGGCUCUGGCGGGUGCCGGCGUCCGGGGCCGUCUUCGCCCCGGUGCUGGUGGCGGCGGAGCACAUGUAUGUCUGCACAACUACCGGGCAGUCGUUGAGCAAGUUCCACUUCGCCGGCGGUGACUUCGCAGAGCGCCCCCGGCACCAGCGCUCCCGGCGCCUCGCCGCGCCCAUCUUCGCGGCGCCGCUGCCGCUUUCGGCGUCCGAGGCGGCCCAGGCGGCCGCGCUGGUGCUGUCGGUGGAGGGCCUGCUGCGGCGGGUGGAGCUAGAGGAGCUGACGGACUUGUGGGUGCGGCAGCUGCCGGGGCACUGCUUCGGCACGCCCUGUCUUUGCCAUGCUGAGAACUUGGCGUUCGUGGGCACGCACGGAGAGCAAGUGCUAUGCAUCGACCUUGCUGAUGGUGCCAUCAGGUGGCAAGUUUCCAUCGGCGACGUGGUGUAUGGCUCGCCGUUUCUGGUCGAGUCCUCACGGAAUCCGGCCCUGUGCAUAGCGACUCGAAGGGGGAAGCUCUUCUUCUUAGAUGCCCGUGACGGCAGUGCCAUUUCAACCUCCGCCCAGCUGGAAGGCGAGGAUGUGGUCAUCGACCUGGAGUGCGACCUCCCAGUCGGCAGCAAGCUGCUGGACCUUUCCGCGACCUUCACCGGGCCGCUGGGCCUCCAAACCCUGCAGGCGGAGGCCUUGCUGCAGGAGGCCGCCCCUUCCGCGGAGUGCGUCUUCCAGCGCUGGCGGCUGCGCCUCGCGGAGCUGCUGCGAGAGCUGCUGCGCCGGGGCGAGGCUCGACUGAAGGAGGCUCAGGAUCUCGUGCAGGAGUUUCUGAAGGAGCUGAGGCUAGCUCGGCAAGAAGUCCCGCUGCUGGAGGGCCUGCUGGAGGAUGUGCAGGGCCAGGUUGCGGAGGCGGUCUCCCGGCAGGACUGGUAUACGUCUUGGGGCGCGCACUACCUGCGCUCGCUGUCCCGCGCCCACCUGUCGCAAGUGUGCAACAACUUCAAGGACCCUGGUGUGCAGGGAUACGGGGGUGAGCUCUUUCAGGAUGUCCGGGACGUGGCGGACGAGAUCUUCCUAAAGCUUCCGCCGCCCAACCCGGCGGUGCGCAGCGGCAUGGAGAUGUUGAUGGCCAUGGGCUUCCCGGAAGUUGAGGUGACACGGGCACUGGAUUUCGCGCACAACGACGUUGAGACUGCCGCGACUUAUUUGAUGGAAGGCUUCCCUGCUCGUCGCCCACCAGCACCCGGUGCCGUUCGCCCGGGGAGGUCGGCGCCGGCGGUGGACAUGUCCCACUACUAUGAUGCCUCAGGUGGCUGA